AUCCAAAAAAAAGUUAAAAAAACUGUUCUCUUUCCUAGCUGGAAAAGAUUACGAAAUAAGCAUUUUUCAUCGUUUUCUGUACUCAUUUCAUGCAUUAAUUACUUUAUUUAUAUAUAUUCUUUGAUUUUAUACUAAUUGCGACUCGCGUUUCAUUAAUUUUAUUAAUUAAUUUUGCACAUUAUUUUCCACGUCCUCAUGCAACUAACUUCAAGACAGUGAGUAAGCGGGCCUUGUCGAAGCGCGAAUGUCGCUUUCCAUCAUUUGAAGACCAAUAAUUUCUUCAUUGUUCCGUUGAAAAGCGAAGCAAAAUUCUGGCAAAAUUGUGCGCGUUCGUGCCCGAUGUCUAGUGCUGAAGUCGCCGAUAAUUCCGUUGACCCCCCGGCAAAAAAGCGGAAGCUAAAUACAGGAGAAUCCCGUUCCAAUUCCUCAGCAAUGGCGAACAAUGGAACGCGCGUGGAAGAUGAAAUCGACGAAAGUUUGUAUUCGAGGCAGCUCUACGUGCUGGGCCACGAUGCUAUGCGUCGGAUGGCAACUUCCGAUGUGUUGAUUUCGGGUCUCGGAGGACUCGGCGUGGAGAUCGCGAAAAAUGUGAUUCUCGGUGGAGUGAAGUCAGUGACUUUGCACGAUGAGCGAACGUGCACGGUUGCCGAUUUAUCUUCCCAGUUUUACUUGUCGGAGAGUGCCGUGGGUCAGAAUCGCGCUCUGGCGUCGUGCGAGCAGCUCGCGGAGUUGAACCACUAUGUGCCUACGACCGCCCACACCGGGCCUUUGACUGAAGAUUUUUUGAAGAAGUUUCGUGUUGUGGUGCUCACCGGUGCUUCCUGGGCCGAGCAGGAGCGGGUUUCGGCCAUCACUCACGCGAACAACAUCGCGCUGGUGAUCGCGGACACUCGAGGGCUGUUCUCGCAGGUGUUUUGCGACUUCGGGCCGGAGUUCACGGUUGUGGACGUGAACGGCGAGAACCCCGUGUCGGCCAUGGUGGCCGAUAUUACACAUGAGUACGAGGCCGUGGUCACUUGCUUGGACGACACCAGGCACGGGCUUGAGGACGGCGACUAUGUCACGUUCAGUGAAGUUCAAGGCAUGACAGAACUGAAUGGCUGUGAACCCCGAAAAAUCAAAGUGCUAGGACCUUACACUUUCAGCAUUGGAGACACUACUAACUUCACAAAAUAUGAACGUGGAGGUAUCGUCACACAGGUCAAGAUGCCCAAAAAAUUACAUUUCAAACCUCUGAAAGAAUCCUUCAAAGAGCCUGAGUUUGUUAUUACUGAUUUUGGCAAGUUUGACUACCCUCAACAACUGCAUGCAGGGUUUUCUGCUUUACACAAGUUUGAGGAUGGUGAGGGUCGUCUUCCGAAGCCCUGGAGUGACGCAGACGCUGCUAAGUUCAUGGAUUAUGUGAAAGCUGUGUCUUGUGACUGUGACAAGAAGGAUGGAGAGCUUGAACUCAAUACUGAGCUGCUGGAAACAUUCUGCAAGGUGUCAUCCGGUGACCUGAACCCAAUGAACGCUGCCAUCGGCGGUGUGGUUGCCCAGGAGGUGAUGAAGGCUUGCUCCGGCAAGUUCCACCCCAUCGUCCAGUGGCUCUACCUCGACGCCAUCGAGUGCCUCCCCAAGGACCGCUCGCUCCUCACCGAGGAGAACUGCAAGCCCGUCGGAUCCAGAUAUGACGGACAAGUGGCCGUGUUCGGCAAACACUUCCAGAAGAAGCUCGGAGAACUGAAGUACUUCAUUGUUGGCGCGGGCGCUAUCGGCUGCGAACUGCUCAAGAACUUCGCGAUGAUCGGUGUGGGGGCCGACGGCGGCUGCGUCACCGUCACCGACAUGGACCUCAUCGAGAAGUCCAACCUCAACCGCCAGUUCCUCUUUCGGCCCUACGACGUGCAGAAGCCCAAGUCCAGCACCGCUGCCAGGGUGAUCAAGCGCAUGAACCCUUUCAUGAACGUGGUGGCGCAGGAAAACCGCGUGUGCCCCGAGACAGAGUGCGUGUACGACGACGCCUUCUUCGAGGCAUUGGACGGCGUCGCCAACGCGCUCGACAACGUGGACGCCCGCAUCUACAUGGACCGCCGCGCCGUCUACUACCGCAAGCCGCUGCUCGAGAGCGGCACGCUCGGCACCAAGGGCAACACGCAGGUGGUGGUGCCGUUCCUCACCGAGUCCUACAGCUCGUCGCAGGACCCGCCCGAGAAGAGCAUCCCGAUUUGCACGCUCAAGAACUUCCCCAACGCGAUCGAGCACACGCUGCAGUGGGCGCGCGACGAGUUCGAGGGACUGUUCCGUCAGGCCGCCGAGCACGCGGCGCAGUUCCUCCGCGACCCGCAGUUCAUCGAGCGCACCAUGCGGCUGCCAGGCAGCCAGCCGCUGGACGCCGUCGAGAGCGUGCGGCACGCGAUCAACGAGCGUCCGCUCAGCUUCGACGAGUGCGUGACAUGGGCGCGGCUGCACUGGGAGGCGCAGUACUGCAACCAGAUCAAGCAGCUGCUAUACAACUUCCCGCCCGACCAGCAGACCACUAGCGGAGCGCCCUUCUGGGCCGGACCCAAGCGCUGCCCUGCGCCGCUGAACUUUGAUCCUGAGGAUCCAUUGCAUUUGGACUACGUGGUGGCAGCCGCUAAUUUGCGCGCGCAGGUGUAUGGGAUUCCGACGUGCGUGGACAGGGAACACAUCGCCAAGGUUGCUGCUAGUGUACAGGUGCCAGAAUUCAGUCCCAAGUCAGGCAUCAAGAUCGCGGUCACCGACGCUCAACUGCAGCAGAACAACGACGAAAUGGACCAGGACAAGGUCAAGAACAUGAUCGCAGAACUGCCUCCUCCAUCCAAGCUGGCCGGACUAAACAUCACGCCGCUGGACUUCGAGAAAGACGAUGAUACCAACUUCCACAUGGACUUCAUCGUGGCUGCUUCUAACCUGCGAGCUGCUAACUACAAGAUCCCGCCGGCGGAUCGCCACCGCUCUAAAUUGAUCGCGGGAAAGAUCAUUCCUGCGAUCGCUACGACUACGUCUGUAGUGGCCGGGCUGGUGUGCCUCGAGCUGUACAAGCUGGCACAGGGCUUCAACUCGCUGAAGGUGUUCAAGAACGGCUUCGUGAACCUGGCGCUGCCGUUCUUCGGCUUUUCCGAGCCCAUCGCCGCGCCCACCAACACCUACUACGGCCACAAGUGGACGCUCUGGGACCGCUUCGAGGUCAAGGGCGAGAUCACGCUGCAGCAGUUCCUAGACUACUUCAAGAACGAGCACAAGCUGGAGAUCACGAUGCUGUCGCAGGGCGUGUGCAUGCUGUACUCGUUCUUCAUGCCCAAGGCCAAGUGCCAGGAGCGCCUGGCGCUGCCCAUGUCGCAGGUCGUGGCCAAGGUCUCCAAGAAGCGCCUCGAGCCACACGUGCGCGCGCUCGUCUUCGAGCUGUGCUGCAACGACGACGCCGGCGAGGACGUCGAGGUGCCCUACGUGCGCUACACGCUGCCCUAGGCGCCGCGAGCCACGCUGCACGCGGGUGUAGGCACGCUACACGCGGGUGUAGGCACGCUACACGCGGGUGUAGGUACGCUACACGUGUAGGCACGCUACACGCGGGUGUAGGUACGCUACACGUGUAGGCACGCUACACGCGGGUGUAGGUACGCUACACGUGUAGGCACGCUACACGCGGGUGUAGGUACGCUACACGUGUAGGCACGCUACACGCGGGUGUGGCCCGCUCCCCGAGCCCGGAAGCCCAGCACGAAAUUAUGAGGGUAUUUUAGGAGAGAUGACAAAUUGAGACGUUUUAUAUGGCUCGCGUGCGCGAGAGUGUACAGUGAUAGUGAUACCGUGUGACUUUAUAUAUUUUUGUGCUUCGAACGCGCUUUCGUCUGUCGAUUGUUUCGCCGUAUAUUUAUAGUAGUUUAAUUUUAUUAUUUUUCGCUCACCACUCGCCGAAACGCGCCGGUCGUUUUCGUGAUGCAAUUGAUUUUACACAAAAGUUUAUCGGAUAUUUUUAAUGUUCAAAUCAGAUGGGUCUGUAUAUGGAAAGAAAAAUAAAUAAAAAUUGAGCAAA